AUGGCAACUAGUAGCUCGUCGGCGUCAGUAAAUGCACCGGUGUGUCUCUCUCAGCCGUCGGUCCCAGUGUUUACUGGCCAGGAGUACGGGCGGUGGAACUUGCGGAUGAAGACCAUUUUCAGGUCCCAGGAGUUGUGGGACUUGGUGGAGAACGGCUGGACGGAGUCGAAGGAUGAAACUGUGGAGAGGGAGAACCGAAAGCGAGACACGAAGGCACUUUGUCUGAUCCAGCAAGCCGUGGACGGUCCGAAUCUCAACCGGAUCGCGGAAGCUAAAUCAGCACAUGAUGCAAGAGAGAUUUUGAGAAAGCAUUGCCUUGGUACCUCCAAGGUGCUGUCGGUGAGGAUUCAAGCGCUUCGGCAAGACUUUGAGACGCUGCAGAUGGGAGAUGAUGAGGGAGUUCAAGGGUACAUCUCUCGAGUCAUAACAAUCACCAACCAGAUCAAGGCACUCAGACAUAAACUCAAGGAACCCGAAGUGGUGUCCAAGGUGCUCCGCAGUUUAGCACCGAAGUUCGACUGGGUUGCUAUCGCGAUUGAGGAAUCAAAGGAGAUUGCGAAGCUCCCACUAGACAAUCUCUGCCGCACACUGCAAGCCCACGACUUGAGAGUGAACCGUGCGGCAGGCAAGGUUGGUAAGAGGGCUCUUCAUGUCAAGAACGAGCAACUAGUCACUAAUUUCAACAAGAGUGGAGGUAAUGGGAGCUCGUGGGGUGAUAGUAGAGGACGUGGGAGGUCCUUUGGUCACGGGAGAGGAAGAGCUCGUGGUGGCCGAGGUAGGAGCAUGGACAACAAGAUUCACAUACAGUGCUUUCAGUGUAAGAAAUUCAGGCACAUGAAAGCUGAAUGCCGAGCAUGA